AUGGCCUUCACCGCUACACUAAACUGGCUCUACCGCUUUAUUACUCAGCUAGGCUCCACGGGCAGUCACCACUUGCCCCAGAAGAGCUGGAGAGAGUAUUUGACACGCUGGAUGCAGAUGGCAACGGCUCCCUUACGCUGGAAGAAUUCACCACCGGAUUCAAGGCUCCACGGGCAGUCACCACUUGCCCCAGAAGAGCUGGAGAGAGUAUUUGACACGCUGGAUGCAGAUGGCAACGGCUCCCUUACGCUGGAAGAAUUCACCACCGGAUUCAGCCAGUUUUUGUCUGGGAGGAAGGAAUCCUUGGCCGAGGCCCGUGGAACUGGAACCAGCUUCCAUCCUAAAGCGAAGGGGAGCGUCGCAGAAGGACACGAGGAAGAAGAGCAGUUUUCCAAUCUUAUGGAACGGCUUGGAGCCGGGAGUAUCUUGAAGGACAAAAUGUCCGCCUACGAUGACGAGAUCCAGCGACUGUAUGAAGAAAUGGAGCAGCAGAUCAAGACCGAGAAGGAAAAAGUCGUGUUGGAGGGCACUGAGAAGUUCCAGUCCCGGCACCAGGAACUGGAGAAAAAACUUGUCGAAAAGGAGAAGGAAUUGGAGCAACUGUUUCAGAAGCAGAAAACAUUGGACAAACAAUGCAAAGAGCUACGUAAUGUUAGGUCUGACACUACCACAGAAAAUACCAAAUUGAGGGUUACUAACCAAGAGCUUCUGAAUUCGCUGGAGAGAACCUCAGAGGAGUUAAUUAUUGCCCAACAGCAGCUGCAAAUACUUCAGGAUGAAGCUAAAAAUCUGCAGGAAGAAAAGGAAAUUGAGGUUUGCCGAGUGACAGAAAUAUUAGAGAGGGAGAAAUUAGGACUUCUUAAACAAUUGGAUUUUUUGAGGGAAAGGAACAAACAUCUGAGUGACCAACGCGACGUGUGCCUUCAGCAGAAAUUCGGGCACGAGGCACCUGUCAGUCGGAAGCAACGGUCGGGCUCCAUUAUCGGCAAAUAUUUGGAAAGAGGUUCGUCGAAGAGCGAGCCUUCGGAAGACGAGACCUUUAGCGCGUCCCAGAUAAGAAGUUCCCAGAGUGGGAAUGUCGAUCUGUCAUUGGAUUCCGAGCCCCAUAAGCCUGGGGGGCAGAUCCAGAGGAAGCCAUUCAGAAGGCUAAUAUCCAUUGAGGAAGACCAUCUGCCUCACCUUCUGAUUAGGAGUGAGAGGCAACUCAUUGGAUGGUCUGAAGAAGAUGGAGGGGAACCAGGACCGGGUGUGAAUGGAAGUCAACGGCAGCCACCGGCGGAACAGUGUCAUGCCUCAUCUAGGGAAGAGCCUGUCGGAAAAGAAACGCUGACACAUGUUGAAGUGUUGCGCACGGCUCCGGAUCGUAUUUUCAAGAUAGUUCUGGUGGGGAAUUCAGCUGUGGGGAAAACUUGCUUUUUAAAGCAAUUCUGCGAAGAACGUUUUUCUCCAGGCACGGCUGCUACGGUCGGUGUGGAUUAUUCGAUGAAAACCGUGAACCUGGACAGCAGCCAGGUGGUGCUGCAACUCUGGGACACGGCCGGACAAGAAAGGUAUCGCAGCAUCACGAAACAGUUCUUCCGGAAAGCCGACGGUGUCAUUGUGAUGUAUGAUGUAACAGCACAAGACACCUUUGUGUCUGUAAAGCAGUGGAUGGUGAGCGUAGAGGAGGCAGCUGGGGAGAACAUUCCCGUCCUUUUGCUUGGCAAUAAAAUUGACAAGGAAGAAGAACGAGAAGUUCCUAAGAGAUUGGGAGAACGCCUAGCCAAGGAUUACCAUUCAAUUUUUUACGAAUGCAGCGCCUUGACGGGGGAGAACACCAGAGCAUCUGUACUGCACCUGGCCAGGAUUUUAAAAGAACAGGAAGACAACGUGAAAGAAAAAACUAUUCAGCUGCAGCAACAGCCUAAGAAAACAACUUGUUGUUCCAGACAAUAAAGCACACGUAGAACUCCCUUUAAUAAAUAAACACAAUCGUUU